GCUGAUGUUGAGUGUUGACGUUUAGACGUUUACAUUAGACGGGUCAUGUCCAACGUCUUAGUCAUUGAGGAUCCACCCAGCCCCGGCCCAGCGGCAUAACGUGAUUCAUAAUAUUUGCGCCAUUUAAGCGAUCACGAUGAAACUGGUUCACCGGAAUUUGGAGAAAAACGCGAGCGGCUCGCUCACGUUGAUCCCCGAAGAAACCGAAGACAUGUGGCACGUGUUCAACCUGAUCUCGGAGGGCGACCAAGUGCGGGCCUCAACCAUCCGCAAAGUGACCACGGAAUCGGCCACAGGCUCCACUACCAGUAAUCGGGUGCGCACCACGCUCACCAUUUGCGUGGAAGACAUCGAUUUCGACACACAAGCCUGCAUGCUCCGCCUCAAGGGACGGAACGUGGCCGAAAAUGCCUAUGUCAAGAUGGGCGCCUAUCACACGCUAGACGUGGAGCCCAACCGGAAGCUAACCUUGGAGAAGUCCGAGUGGGAUUCGGUUCACUUGGACCGCAUCGAAUUGGCCACGGACCCGGUAAAGCACGCUGAGGUAGCGGCUAUUGUCAUGCAGGAGGGGCUGGCUCAUAUUUGUUUGGUCACGUCGUCUAUGACGAUUGUCCGCAGCAAGAUUGAUGUACCCAUUCCGCGGAAACGCCGCGGAAACACCACUAAUCACGAUAAAUCCCUUCAGCGCUUCUACGAUAACGUCUUGCAAGCUGCAUUGCGGCACGUCAAUUUCGAGGUCGUCAAAGCUGUGAUCGUGGCCUCGCCCGGGUUCACACGCGAUCAGUUCAUGGAUUUCGUGUGGCAAUACGCGGCGCGCAACGAGACCAAGAUAUUAUUCGAGAAUCGGGCCAAGUUCUUGUCUGUCCACGCCUCCAGCGGGUUUGCUCAUGCCCUCAAUGAAGUGCUGCGCGAUCCUGUGGUGUUAAACCGACUUUCCGAUACGAAAGCCGCUGACGAGGUCAAGGCCUUGGAAACGUUUUUCAAAACCCUGCAAAAUGAUCCGACUAAGGCCUAUUACGGUGAGCGACACGUGCAACUGGCGUGUGAGGCCCAGGCCAUUGAAACUCUCCUCAUAUCUGACCAGUUAUUUCGGGCCCAAGAUGUGGCUCAAAGACGGAAAUUUGUGAAACUGGUCGAUGAUGUGCAAGAUAGUGGCGGUGAAGUGAAAUUAUUCUCGUCGUUGCACGAAAGUGGCAAACAGUUAGACCAACUCACGGGUCUAUGUGCGAUUUUACGGUUUCCCAUGCCCGAACUGGACGAGGAUGACAGCGAUGAUGAACCAGAUUCGGAUUAAUUGAUUUUGUUUUGAAUACCUUUUUUACAUUAGGAAAAUACACACAUGCUCUCAAAUUAAA